UCUACCAACUCUAACCUCCGCUGCUUAGUCACUGUUGCCCGUUUGCUUGUGACAAGAUAACUGAGAACACUUCCAACCCUCACCGAGCUCCUGGCUUCAUUCCACGCAUUCCUCCACGUCUGUGCUAAUACCCCUUCUGCGUUUUUGAUCUGUUGUAACAAACACCUGUGAUCGCUGAUCAAAGACUCGCCGCGCCGGGAUGUGCGAGGAUGUGUUUACGUGUGCGAGGAUAGGUGUGCGUGUGUGAUUCAUGGCGGACUGUCACGACCUGCCUGCUCCGCGCCACAUGCCGGCGAGGCCGUCCUCGCGGGGCGCCUGUGUGUUUGCGUGUCUCCGAGUGUUAGCGAGGCAGUGAGGAGGCAUCCCUUUCACGGAGAGGACAGGUGGCCGAUGAUCUAUGGCCUCUUACAGGAAUCGCCCCCGUCUGUCGCGCCCGUCAGAGCCAGUAAGCGCCCCUGCAACAGGCCUGGGUGUGUGCGCGCGCAGCGGCUAUUACAGUAAUAACACAAUAACAUGACUAGCGUCUGCGACGGAGCGACGUGUGAAACAGGAGAAAGAGAACAAAUUCGGGCGUCGCUGAGGCGACUCUUCAGACGCUCCCCUCUGUAAAUAAGCAGAGUGUCACUCCGCUUCCCUCCACACACACACACACACACACACACACAGUUUUCUCUCCCGUACACAGACAAACACGCACACUCUCACACACCCAGCCUCACGCCGCCAAGCCAGCCAGCCAUUCGCUCCUCACUCACACCCUCGAAUCUUACCAAGCUCAGCUCUCCCCGCUCAGAGGCAGACAGGAGCAGCACGGCAGCCUGCUAAAGGAGUCGAGGGAAGGAGCAGCGAGCGGAGGGAGAGAGAGAAGGGAGGGGGAUGAAAGAGUGAGGGGAGAGCAAAGCAGAGAGAGCACUGUUCCCCAUAUGCUGAGGGGGGCAUGGGCGGUUGAACGAGCUGCCCCCACUGAAGCCUCCUGACUCAUGGGAGCGUCAGACCACGAUCCCAAGAGAGCCUGGAAACGCUGUCGAACCACGCGCAGCAGCAGAAGAAGGAGGGGAGCCAGAGAGCGCGGAGAGAAAAAAGCCCAUGGAGAGGAGAGGCGAGGGAAGAAAGCCACAACGGUAGGCUGUCCCACUCAACUGCUGUGCCGUGAUGACGUCAGAGGGCAUGUGACCCAGGCUCUCCAGUGACGGCACAUGGAGGGCAGGAAAGAGACGAGUUUUAAAGCUGGUGCCUUUUGGGUUGUGUGAGGGCUCUGCUCGCCUCCCAAACAACCACAGAACCACAGACGUGCGGCUCGGGGUUGGUGUUUGAGGGCGACCCGGAGUGUAAAUGGUUAAUCGUCGCGGGCCAGCACCAGUCACAGGGACGGCGCUAAGCGAGUAAGACGUGUCAAGGGUCACGGAAACCACAGAGGAACAAAAGUGGGGCUUGCUGCGACCAGAGGCAGCUAUGGCAUCUAACAGCCUUUUCAGCACAGUGACACCAUGUCAACAAAACUUCUUCUGGGAUCCCAGCGCCAGCCGGAGGUUCAGUCCGCCGUCUAGUAGCCUCCAGCCGGUCCCAGGGAAGAUGAACGAUGUGAGCUCUCCCGCCGGGCAGCCGGACGCAGCGGCAGCGGUGCCAAGACUGCGUCCCCACGAAAACCGCAGCAUGGCCGAGAUCAUCGCGGACCACCCGGCCGAGCUGGUCCGGACCGACAGCCCCAACUUUCUGUGCUCGGUCCUGCCCUCCCACUGGCGGUGCAACAAGACGCUGCCCGUCGCCUUUAAGGUGGUUGCCCUCGGAGACAUACCCGACGGGACUGUUGUCACCGUCAUGGCGGGCAACGACGAGAACUACUCCGCCGAGCUGCGGAACGCCUCAGGUGUGAUGAAGAACCAAGUAGCACGUUUCAACGACCUGCGCUUUGUGGGCCGCAGUGGCCGAGGCAAGAGCUUCACACUGACAAUCACAGUAUUCACCAACCCACCACAAGUGGCCACUUACCAUCGAGCCAUAAAGGUCACCGUGGACGGACCACGUGAGCCCAGGAGGCAUCGUCAAAAACUCGAGGACACUCCCAAAGGUGGCCUGUUCUCAGACCGCCUCACUGAGCUGGAGAGGAUGAGGGUGAGGGUCACGGUCCCCACUCAAGGCCCCCGGCCGACUCUCAACACAGCGGCCAACUCCUUCAACCCGCAGGGACAGACACAGAUAACAGACCCUCGUCAGUCCCAGUCCUCUCCUCCCUGGUCAUAUGAACAGACGUAUCCGUCCUACCUGAGUCCCAUGGCGUCCCCCUCAGUCCACUCCACCACCCCCCUCUCCUCCAGCCGAGGCACGGGCCUGCCUGCCAUCAGUGACGUGCCUAGACGAUUGCCAGGUUCCUCCGACCUGAGCCCCUUCCCCGGCCAGUUCGAGCGCCAGUUCCCGAGCCUCUCCUCCAUCACGGACAGCCGCUUCUCCAGCCCGCGGAUGCACUACCCGGCCACGUUCACCUACACCCCGCCCGUCACCUCGGCCAUGUCGCUGGGCAGCACCCACUACCACACCUACCUUCCCCCUCCGUACCCGGGCUCCACCCAGAGCCAGAGCGGACCCUUCCAGACCAGCAGCACGCCCUAUCUCUACUACGGCGCCUCGUCCAACUCGUACCCGUUCUCCAUGGUCCCCGGCGGGGACCGCUCGCCGUCCCGGAUGAUCCCGCCUUGCACUAGCGCCUCCACGGGCACCUCCCUGGUGAACCCUAACCUGCCCAGCCAGACGGAGGGGGGCGUGGACGGCGACGGCAGCCACAGUAAUUCGCCGACCGUCCUCAACCCCGGGGGCCGCAUGGAUGAAGCAGUCUGGAGGCCAUAUUGAAGAAGUCCGGGGGGGCGACAGGGGGGGGGGGGGGCGAGAGAGAUAAGAGGUCAACUGAUGUCAUGGUUUGAAAGCACAAAACCUUUUUUUGUAAUGAAAAGGGGACUUUUGAGCUCUCAACAGCCGUCUCCACCUUUUGCUUGGAAAUUAAGGUCGAGAUAAAAAAAAAAAGAAGAAGAAGAAUUAAAAAAAGACCAUACUAGUACAGACUUGUCUUCCUGGAAUGUGUUUUGACCAAGGCACUACAAAGGGAGUCAUUCUCACAGCAAUAAUGAGAAAGACAAUUUUGGUUUACUAGGCCCAAGUGGAUGAGACUUUAUUUCAGUUUUAUUAUAGUCCACAAGCUAAGGGACGCUUCGACAAUAUUUGUAAGAGACUGCCUCUUUUGUAUAGUGUUUGUACUUCAUUAAGGCUUUUUUGCAGAGCAUGUUUUUGUACUACGACAAUAUCAAGAUGCAAGUUGAGCACUGAGUAGCAAGCGAUGAGAGUAACGCAUAUGUUACCUUAAGAGGCGUGGACAGUAAAUUUGCUUUAAACCGAUUAAUUUAACUUGUACAUUGUGGGUGACACGUUGAUGUAGAUUGAGGCGUUUUCUUAGUUUUAACUUAUAAAGCCAUAAAUUAUGUAUUGUAUUUGAAACUUGAGUCAAAGACGUGUAAUCUGAAUAUUUUUGUUGCAUCUAUAUGACUAAGUUAAAAAAAAUUUUGAUAGGUAAUUUAAGAGAGUAAGAGGUUUAAUUUCUUUUUUUUUCUUUUCUUUUUUUUUUUUUUUUGUAGCACCCAAAGAUUUAAAUCGUUUCGAAUAUGAAAUGUAAUUUCCAAAGAGUAUUGCAACAUGUUUCUUCUGGUGUAACUUUUCAGUGUGACUGCUCUGCACAUUAGGAGCCCGACAUCUUCGCUAGGCGUUGACACACAUUUGGCUUGGAAUUUAACCUUUGGUAUUUAUUGAGCAAUAACUCGUAUUGUGCCUCUUGGCAAAAUACCGUGAAAGAGAGCUUCAAUGGGGGAAAAAAUAAUUAUCCGUUUGGGGGAAAUUCUGCUUGAUUUCUUUACUUUGUCUUGUCUGACGUGCACACAGACACUCGUGUUUUUUUUUUUCUUUCUUUUUUUUUUUUUCUUUUCCAAAUAUGAAACGGUACAUUUACAUGCGAACUGACAUUCAGCCCGAAGAUGAUUAGAGCGGUGCCACACCUCGUGGUGCGCUUUAAAGGUCAGACUUUACGGUACAGUUAUUUUGUGACACAUGAACUCCUCAGGACUGGAAUAAUCCUCGGAUGAUCCCAGAGAUUCGCUAUAUCUGCAUUUCUGUUUUCAUACCCGGCCUGGCUGAAAGCUCCGUCAAGAUUAUAGCUUGAACAUGCCAAGUCUACUAUGGCUUUCAUAUCACGCGCAGAAAGAUAGCUUUGUAAAAGUUUGUCUCGGUGUGUGGCACACACAGGUUUGCAUUUGGACGUUUCCCUCUUUCAGUCUUUGAGACCGAAAUGGAAAUCUCAAAGUUAAAGACAGAGCUGACUGUGACAUUCUGUCCGGCCUUUAUUUAUUUUACAUUUUUUUUCACUUUUGUUGGUUUACCAAAUUAGAUCGGUGCCCUCCUCCCAGACUAAAGCCUGAAAUCAUGCCGUGGCUCCAGUGUGAGGGGAGGUCUGAAUGCGAAAUUGCUGUUUGAGAUUCUAAAACGUUAAAGGAAAAAAGAAGUGCAAACACCGAGGUGAUUGGAUUCAGCUGCUGGCAGCAAACUGGUGACCAGAAAAUAUGGGAGACUUGUGUAUGUUUGUUUCAUAAAGCACUUAUUUCUUGUUUUAUUUCUAGCAGCACUUGCGGCGGGCUGCCAGCAGGGCUCGUGGUUUUGGUCCUCGGUGCAGAUAUAACGCCACUGGAGUCACACGCAGACACACACACACACACACAGAAUGGAUAACACUUGGCCAAACAAGCCAUUUACAUUGGAGUUGAAUCUGAUCUUACAAGGCAGUUGGUAUUUGUUUGAAAAAAAAAAAAAAAAAAAAAACAUUUCGUCUCUCUGUUUUCAUACAGUGUGAUAGGGAGUCCAUGAAGGUAAUAUAAUAACCCGAUCUGAGAAAGCUGAGAAAAACACGGCCCUGUCCAAGGAUCAGACUUCAAGCUUUUCAUUGAAGGUUUGCACGCAGUCUCUGCAGAGGAUGUUCUGAACUCACUUAACGCAAUUGCACAUGUCACACUACAUUUCCUCGACUUCUCUGGCCCAAACAAAGAGGAUUCCUGCUGUUACAGUGUAACACGAGAAAGCAAACAAAGGGUUAGAUUGUUGUUAUUUUAAAGCAUUCUCAAAAUUAAAACUUUAUAUACAGCGGCUCCUUAGCAACUAUGCACAUCUGUUGGAUUUUAUUCAGACUGCUUCUUUCUUCUCGAACUUCGAACAGGAAAUGGUCUUUUAAGAACUGUUUACACAUCAACGCAGCACUGACAUCCCAUACUGUCCUCAUCUUCCUUUGUUUGUGUUGUGUGUUUGUUUCUUUCCUCAAAAAACAGAGGUUCAUCUUUUUUCUUUGUUUUUUUUGUCUUUUGAAAUGUUGCGUACAGACUGUCGUUAAAAAACCUUGUAUUAUUUAAUGAUCAACAUGUAUGAUAUCCAGGAAUUGUACUUUACCUUGCUCUCAUGUAAAGUUUACUCGUUAUUUCCGUUGCUAUGCUUCUACUCAUGAACUCUUGUCAGGAAACCCAAUCCAACGGAGGCUCUGUUGGAUUUUUGCUGGUACGUUUCAUAAAGUUCAUAAGGUUUUUUUUUUGUUUUGUUUUGUUUUUGUUUUUGUUUUUAAGGGACAAACCUGACAACAGUGAGUGAAAUUGGCAUUGUGAUUGUACAUUUUGUUUAUUUUAAGAAUAAAAUAGGAAUUUUGUAACUUA